CCUUUCUCUAUCCUAUUCGCAUUCAACUUUGAUAACUGUACCAUCACUUGACUAUCAAAAAGCUCGCACACCAGAUUUCAUUGUAACACGAAAAGUACCUUCUUCCCCACCAACAUCCAACAUCCAAACAUCCUCGCCUCCUCAUUUCAUCAAGGUCACACCCCCACAUCUCGACUUUCAUCACCGCCCUCCCCCCCGACCUGUGUACCAAAAUUGCGCAUCCUUGCUACAAUAGUCCUCCUCUCGAUCUCUUCAUCUUGAACCUCGCUCCUCAGCUCCUCUUGCUCGUGGUCGGCCGAACUCGCGGGCGAACUUUCUCUGGGGUUUGGCCUGUUCCUUACUCCGUCCGAUCUUUUCCCUUUUUGUGCGGACUGCUGUCUUGAUGGAAAAAUCCGGGCAAAACUUGUGGACCAGACGCUCCAAUACUGGCAAGCUUUCUUUGUCUAUGCGGGACGCAGACAACAAAGACGCCGCAAAGACGGAAUCUCCACGAUCAUACAAUAAUAGACGCCUAGGUGACACUUCCUCACACGGCAGGAACAACUUCAAUUUCCCCUCCCCCUCCGCAACCAAGUCGCCAUCCGCAGCCAGUGCCUCUUCUGCCUUCAACUUGGGUAGUGGUGCCUUUGCGUCCUUUGGUUCCGCCGCCAAAACCCCCAAAACCCCCGGCACCGGCGCUGGGUUCGACUUUUCCGGCCGCGACAAGAGAGACAAGGAGGCCGAGACGGGGGGAGAAGCCGCCCCCGCGGACAAAAGUGCAGAUAAGGCUCCUUCAUCCAAGGCGGUCGCAGAGCAUCCUUUGCGGUAUACUUGGAACGUCUACUAUCGACCCCCGAACCUCAAGUUCACCGACUACGAAAAGUCGAUACUGCAAAUUGCCGCCAUCAGUACGGCGGAGAGCUUCUGGACGAUAUACAGUCACCUCAAGCCGCCGUCGUUUCUGCCGACCAUCUCCGACUAUCACAUUUUCAAGGAGGGCAUCCGGCCUGUGUGGGAAGACGAUGCCAACAAGAAAGGCGGCAAGUGGAUUGUGCGGUUGAAGAAGGGAGUGGCAGAUCGGUACUGGGAGAGUCUCGUGUUGGCCAUCAUCGGAGACCAAUUCCUGGAAGCCAGCGAUGAGGUUUGCGGAGCGGUCUUGAGUGUCAGAAAGGAGGAAGACAUCCUCAGCGUGUGGACCAAGAACGACGGCGGUCGCAAUGUUAAGAUCAGAGAUACAAUCAAGCGAGAGCUCGCAUUCCCUGCCGACACCAGCAUCACGUGGAAGAGUCACGAUGAGAGUAUUGCUCAACGAUCGCAGCUGGAUGAAUCACGACAGCAAAAGGGUACGGGCACGUCAGGGGGGACCGAGCGACGGCGAUUUACGCUACACGAUGAAGCGGACAAGAACAAAGUCAAGCAAUCACCCUCAUAGAAGGAGAGAAUUCGGGCUUUUGGGCCAGGAUUAAAGGCCCCAAGGACUCGGCCUAGUACUUGAGCAGAGGGAAAGACGACCCCAAGCAGGGAAUGGCUGAGCCAUGUCUUGCCCACAACGAGGACCAAGGUCGACGACCGAAUUGUCCUCAAGUCCGAGAUGCUUUUGCCCGUGUUUGAUUUUCAAAACAUGGCGUGCAAGUUUUGUUGCCGUGAUGAGGGUACGGUUUGGACGUGUUGUGCGAGCUGCCUGCGAGUUGAAUUGCGACCGACCUGGCGUGGAUUAGCAACCUGUCUGCCUUAGUCAGCAUUGAUCUCUGCGUUGGCAUUGAUUGUACUUGUACUAUGGAAUGAAGAUAACCACUGACCAGGGCAUCUGGUGUUGGUAUCCAUCGAAUCAUCUCAACACAUUUCGUCUGGAUAGUGACUGCGCGGCCCUACGGAAUCUCACUAUGGUGUGCGUCAUAGUGUAGCAUGACGAUGCAUAUCCACACCAAAUC